UAGGCGGAGGCGUGGGCGUGCCCGUGGGGCGGGCGGCUGCGGCUGCGGCGCGGGGUCCUUCCCGGUGUUCGGCGUUGAGCCCCCGCUGCCGCCGUGACCGUCACCGCCGCUGCCGCGGUCAUCCGUGUCGGGCCCGGCCUCAGGGUGUGCCCCGCACGGCUCCUGCUGGUGUUCCUGGAGCAUGGGAGCCUGCUAGGCUUGUGUGUGUGGCAGUGUCCAGCAGGAGCUGCAUGUCUCACCCUGUGGCAGGGAGGGCGUCCAUGGCUGCAGCCAACAAGGGCAACAAGCCCAGAGUCCGGAGUAUCCGCUUUGCAUCAGGCCACGAUGCAGAAGGCCUCCAGGGCCAGGGCCAUGUCCACUUUGAGGAGAAGCUGCAUGACUCAGUGGUCAUGGUCACCCAGGAGAGUGACAGCAGCUUUCUGGUCAAGGUUGGCUUCCUGAAGAUCCUGCACAGGUACGAGAUUACCUUCACUCUGCCCCCAGUGCACAGGCUGAGCAAAGACGUCCGGGAGGCACCUGUCCCCAGCCUGCACCUCAAGCUCCUCAGCAUCAUGCCUGUCCCAGAAGCAGGUUACAGCGUCAAGUGUGAGUACUCAGCACACAAGGAGGGUGUCCUCAAGGAGGAGAUGCUGCUGGCCUGUGAAGGUGGCGCUGGCGUCUGUGUUCGUGUGAUGGUGCAGGCACGAGUCAUGGACCGACACCACGGCACACCCAUGCUGCUGGAUGGUGUCAAGUGUGUGGGUGCUGAGCUAGAAUACGACUCAGAGCACAGCGACUGGCAUGGCUUCGACUGAGGCCCGUGCCCCCGCCUGCCUCGGGGCCCCUCAGCCUUAAACCCCACCUCAUCUCCCCGAAUGCUGUGUGAUGGUGUGGCUUCCUCACCCCUCUGGGCAUGGGGGUAGAGUGUCUAGGGGCCUCAAGCUGGGGCCUCGCCCAUGCCUCUCACCUCUGCCUUCACCUGCCACCUCCCUGCCUCUCCUGUGUCUCCCUCUCCCACUUCCUCCUCUCUGUGUGCCUCAGUCUCCUGCCAGAAGAAAUGGGUUGAGUCCCCAAGGAGGCUGUCUGAGGAGGGGAGGGGGAGGGCCUGAGGUGGGUUCUAUCCACCCCCCACCCCAAGUCAUAGGAGCUCCAGCCAGGGCCCAGGGGAGAGGAGAGAGGAGGGCGCUGGCUCUGUGAUGUCGUCUCCCUGUUACUGCUGCUGCCCUCUCGCUUUAGCCACCUCCCUCUUUCCCACUGCUGUCCACGGUGAGUAGGAGGGAGGUGCAGUUCCCAACCCCUGCCCCCAGGUCUGUGUUACUUGAUUUUUAAACGACUGGUUGGGAUAAAAUGCUAAAUAAAUAAAAACUUUCAAUGGA